GUCUGUGCAGAGAAGGUGGCGGUGGGAGUCGCACAAACAGUAAAACAACCAGCCGCGGCUUGUGUAUCGGGGCGUAGGAUGCAGCUGUGGUCUGCCGAGGAAACGCGGGGAUUUACUCAGAACUAACCGAGAGGAGAGAACGACUUAACACCUGGGGCACAAAGAGGGGCGGGAGACUCCGGAGGAAACAAAGGAUAAGGCUGCAGAGGAGACAGAGUGAAAGAAGAAAAGCCACAAGAUAGGUGGGCAAACGUCAGAGCAGCGCCGUCGACCUCUGUCUGUUGAUCCGCAAUGACUGUCCAGCUGAAUGAGCUUCUCCUCAUCUGCCUCACCGUCACACAGGGCGGUUGCAUGUUCUCUAACAACCACUGGGGUGAAUGGAACGGCUCUCAGCUUCAGCCCACCAUCCAGAAGCUCAUGAAGGGAUACAAUCGCUACCUAAGGCCUAAUUUCAACGAAGGUCCUGUGGAGAUUGGGAUGAGCCUGGACAUCGCCAGCAUUGACGCCAUCUCCGAAAUAAACAUGGACUACACAGCGACCAUCUUUCUCCGUCAGCGGUGGCGCGACUCCAGGCUGGUGUUUCCCGGGAACGAGAGCGUGAGCGUGGAUGGACGCCUGGUGUCGCUGCUUUGGAUCCCGGACACCUUCAUCCCGGACUCGAAGCGCUCCUUCCUUCACGACGUGACGGUGGAGAACCGCCUCAUCCGCAUCUUCAGCAACGGCACCGUGCUUUACGCACUCCGCAUCACGGCUACAAUCGCCUGCAACAUGGACCUGACCAAAUACCCCAUGGACAAACAGGUGUGCACCCUGCAGCUGGAGAGCUGGGGCUACAACAUACAGGACGUGGUGUUCUACUGGACGAGAGGGAACGAUUCUGUGAAGGGUUUGGACACCUUGCGGCUGGCUCAGUACAGCGUGGAGAGCUACUACACGUCGGUGACGGAGGCCGUGUACGAAACAGGUCAUUACCCCAAGCUGGUGCUGCAUUUUUCCCUGCGCAGAAAUGUCUUGUUCUUUAUCUUGGAGACAUAUGUCCCCUCCAUUCUGCUGGUGGUUCUCUCCUGGGUCUCUUUCUGGAUCAGCCAAUCCUCUGUGCCAGCCCGAACGUGCAUCGGAGUGACCACCGUCCUGACCAUGACCACUCUCAUGAUGGGGGCCCGCACAUCCCUGCCAAAUGCUAACUGUUUCAUAAAGGCCAUCGAUGUUUACUUGGGCAUCUGCUUCACCUUCAUCUUCGGUGCCCUGCUGGAAUAUGCCUGUGCUCAUUUUUACACGAUGCAGCAUCAAACCAUCGAGGAUCUACACCGGGAGCUUUUGAGGGAGUUUGCCGAGUCCAAUGGAAACGGCCUGGUGCCAAUCGCCAACUCCAGCCAACCGAACCAGUCCGUGGAGGUGGGCACCACCGCAGAGGAGCCGGCCGAGGAGCCGGCGAAGAGCGGCAGCAAGAACCACGCGGCUUCCACGGAAAAAGCGCAGAGCCAGGGCUGCGGCUUGUCGUCCGUGAAGGACGCCUCGCGCAGAGCGGCCGCCGUCUUCAUCGUGGAAAAUCCGCACAACAUCGAUCGCCACUCGCGUACCGCUUUCCCCGCAGCAUUCCUCUUUGUCAAUAUCCUGUAUUGGCUCUAUUAUCUCUUUCUCUGAGUGCUGAUUGGCAGCAGGCAGCAGGAGAGCUCGCGCCGCUGCCCUGAAGCCCUCCUACCUCCUCAUUAGCCAGCGGCUGGACCUGGACAUGUCUCAUGAAACCUUUCUUUUGUAGCACCCAGAUAAAACUUGUUGUAGGGGCUGCGAAUAAUAAGAAGCAGUUAGUCAGGACUGUGCUGUCUACUAAAAAGGGUGGUGUUGAUUGCGAGUCAAUGAACAGCUCUGCACAUUUUUAAGCAUGAGGGUGUGAUGAUUAAAAACCAGAGCUUUCAAAAGUAUUCAUACCGACUUAACCUUUCCAAGUCUUAGGCUACAACCACUACAACCAUUUUGUGUGACAUACCAGUCAAAACCCUGAUUGAUAACCAAUAUUUCAUCAAAUGCUUUGCAUCUGUGUGUAUUCAGCCCCUCUUGAUCAAUACUUUGAAGGACCACAAAUUAUCACUGCAAUUAUUACUGCAACCAUUUAUCUCUCUUUUGGGUUUGCACAUCGAGAGACUGAUUCUUUUUGCCCCGCUUUUAUUGGCAAACCAACAUAAGUUUUAAAAGAGUGACGUGGAACAUAAUUUUUCAGGUCUCUCACGAGACUCGGAGUUGGAUUUAUAAAGGCCGAACCGUUUCAUGACAGUUUUGGCUGUCUGUUUGGAAUCCUGCUGUCCCUGUCGUUACUGUUUCACAACCUCGAACAGCUUUUUUUUUUUUUCUUUUUUUUUAUCUCUCAGGCUUCCCCCUUCUGGUUUGGAUUCCUUCCACCCACUGAAGAAACGCAAACUCACAGCAAGACGCUCCCAUCUUUGCUGAGUCUCCUGGAUCGGCUGUGGCAAGAUGCGUGUUAUGUUAGCGAUGGCUUUCCUCUUGCUCGUCGAACUUGACGACACACGCAGGCUUGCUCAGCGAGCGGACUUGAACUAUGCUGCUGCCUCAUACGUGAUCCAUCUCACACUCUGCAUUUUAUGUGCUACUUCCAGCUUCUGGUUGGUUCUUUUUUGCCCAGAGCACAGAGUCUCAGCCCUGUGAGACUCUGUGCUCACCUCCUGACGUACAGCAGACAUGACCAGGUGGUGCAGAGACGCAUCACUCCAUGACAUGCUAAGCAGCAUGGUGGUUGUUCUGUUCUCUCAACUAUGUCUUUGCCACACUUCCUUCAGUAGCCGGUCGCCCCAUCAUCAGAUUCUUCCACCACUGCGGUUUCUCUAAAGUUACUUCCGGUUUCUCGGCUGCUUCUCUGGUUAACUCAAGCCAGUUUCCUGUCAGUUUCGGUGGACAGCCAUGUUAGGACUGAAGUUGUGCCAUACCUUUUCCAUUUUCAGAUGAAAUUUUAAACAGAGCUUUGUGAGAUCUUCAAAGCUUGAAACAGUGCUUUGUAAUUUGACCUUAAAUCCUCCACUUUAUGAUACUUGUUUUUAUUUUCCCCCCCACCACUGGUCGUUAGCAAACCUGGUGAUUUCUCUUUGAACGCAGGUUUUUGCAUUGGGAUUCAUUAUCAGGUAUCAGAUGCAAAUACCUACUCUCAAUUUUCAGAUCUGAAUUUGUAAAAAAUAAAAACGUGGAAAACCAGCUUCAUUUCUCCACUUCACCAAAAGUGCAUUGCUUUGUGUUGGCCUGUCGCACUCAAUCCGAAAUCAGUACAUUGAUGAAAUACUUUUGUAAAUGGAACGUGACAAUAUGUGGGAAGGAUCGAGCGGUGUGAAUACUUUUGAAAAAAGGACUGCCGAAUCACCAGCUCCAUCUGCUGCGCGACAUUGAAAUGGGAUUAUUAAGUCAUGUAGAUGUGCUUUGUUUUUUCCUGCUUUGGCUGUUUCAGGCUAUAUAACUGGCCAUGUGCAAUUAAACUGAAAACGACAGUAACUAUGA